AUGAGUUACUCCAGCGACAUCUACAGCAGCAGCUCCUAUCGGAAGAUCUUCGGAGAUGCCCCCCGCUCCGGCCGGGUGGGUCUCGGGGGGGGCAGCAGCAGCCCGUCCCGGCUCCACUCCACUGGGUACCGCAGCACCAACCGCACCUAUGGACCCUCCUCCGCCAUGUCCUCCUCCGCCUCCUACCGCAGGACGGCGGCGCCCGGCCGGGUCUUCUCCUCCUCCAUGAUGCCGGACUCCGGGAUGGACCUGACCCAGUCCACCGCGGUCACCAACGAGCUGAAGAUCGUGCGCACCAACGAGAAGGAGCAGCUGCAGGGGCUCAACGACCGCUUCGUGUCCUUCAUCGAGAAGGUGCACAACCUGGAGCAGCAGAACAAGGUGCUGGAGGCCGAGGUGACGCUGCUGAGACAGCGGCACAACGAGCCGUCCCGCCUGCAUGAGCUGUACGAGCAGGAGAUCCGGGAGCUGCGUGCGCGCGUCGAGGAGCUCACGCACGAAAAGAGCCAGAUGCACCUGGACUGCGAGCAGAUGAACGACACGCUGGAGCGGGUGCGGGAGAAGCUGGAGGAGGAGAGCCGGCUGCGGGAGGAGGCGGAGGGCGUCCUGAAGGGCUACCGGAAGGACGUGGACGACGCCACGCUGGUGCGUCUGGAGCUGGAGAAGAAAGUGGAGUCGCUGCUGGACGAGAUCGCCUUCCUCAGGAAAGUGCAUGAAGAGGAGCUGCAGGAGAUGCAGACCUCUCUGCAGGCCACACAGGUGUCAGUGGAGAUGGACAUGAGUAAGCCAGACCUGGCUGCCGCCCUGAAGGACAUCCGGGCUCAGUACGAGAACCUGUCGGCCAGGAACCAGGUCCAGGCAGAGGAGUGGUACCACUCCAAGUUCACUACCGUGACCGAGGCAGCCGCCCGCAACCAGGACGCCAUCAAGCACUCCAAGGAGGAGCUGAGCGAGUACCGCAGGCAGGUGCAGGCCCGCACCCUGGAGAUCGAGUCCCUCAGGGGCCACAACGAGGCCCUGGAGAGGCAGAUUGCGGAGAUGGAUGAUCGCCAUAACAAUGAAAUUGGAGAGAUGCAGGACACCAUUCAGCAGCUGGAGGCCGGUCUGCGCAGCACCAAAGGAGAAAUGUCUCGUCACCUGCGGGAGUACCAGGACCUGCUGAACGUCAAGAUGGCGCUGGACAUUGAGAUUGCUGCCUACAGGAAGUUGCUGGAAGGUGAAGAGUGCCGCCUCAGCUCCGUCAGCGGCGCCAUGGUCCAGUCGGGCUACCCUGGCUACUCCUACAUGUCCGCCAGAAACUACAACCUGGGAGCCUACAGGAGGUUCGGUGCCAAGCCUGAGGAGGAGGAAGAGGAGGUGGAAGAGGAGGAGAAGGAGGAGGAGGAGGGAGAAGAGGGAGAGGAGGAGAAUGAGGAUGAGGGAGAAGAGGGAGAGGAGGGCGACGACCAGGAGGAAGGUGAGGAAGGGGAGGACGAGGAGGACGAAGAGGAGGAGGAGAAGCCAAAGGGGAAGGAUGAGAAGGAGAAGGAGAAGGAGAAGAAGAGCCCCACCGGCAAAACCAGCAAGAGCUAA